AUGAGUGACGAAGAUCAGGUGAUGGUAUCAGAAGAGGAUUUCUCAAAAUCAGCUGAUGAAUUUUCGCAUCCACUUGAUCCACUGCCAUCAACAUCCAGUAAUCUGUAUUCGCAAUAUUCGUUUUCUGAAUGUGAAAAUUUAUCACCACCAAAUUUAUCGUCUGCUGCAUAUUCAAAUUUUUUGACCACAACACCAUAUUCAACACACUGCUCAGCAUCGUUCUAUCAACUACAUGGUCUUUCCACCACUGCCUUACCCGGUACAACAUUAUCUGUUCCUGAACAUCUUAUAGCUGUACCAAAUUCAGUGUCACGUCAUCGUACUGCUGCUACUACUACAAAUGGUAGCAGUUUUAGUGUUGUUGGCUGUGACAGUGGCAAUGCUGGUGCUGCUGUUGAUGUUGGUGGUGAUGAUGGCGGUGGAGGUGGUAGCGGUGAUGGUGGAGGUGGUGGUGGUGCCAGCGGUGGCCUUAGUGCUAUUGGUUUUGGUAACGUUGGAGUUAGCAGUAAUUGUAAUGGUGUCAAUAGUGGUAAUAGCAAUGGCAUUUGUGAUAUUCCAACUGUGCAACAACAACAACAACAACAACAACAACAGCAUGUUUUUGCAUCAACGAUUAUGCCAUCAGAGUUCAUAGGUGGAAAUUCGGCUAUAUGGGAUCAGUGGUUAUGUUGCUUAGCUACAUCGCUUACACCAGCUCAAUGGCAAACAUAUUGGACAAAUUACUUGGCUUUAUUUGGUACAUCUGCAUUACCUGCUCAUAUUGUAAACUUUUUUAAUACUGCUGCUCAGAUACAUUUGCAACAACAAAAACUUUGGAUGGAUGAACGUCAACGUUAUUACGGUUAG